CAGGCUGGGACGGGAAGGCCCGCCACCGUCAGGAGGUUAUUCAUCGGACAUUUUAUUGGGGAAUUAUGUUUAGUAAACACUACAUAUAAUGGGAGUAAUAAUAAACACUAACAACAACAAGAAGGAGAACACAAAAGUACAAAAACUCAAUAUUUCGUGAUUCUUCGCGAACACGUGUGUCAAUCAACACCGCGAACAGCAGAAUCGCCAUGAGUCUAUGUAAUAAGUUGUCUAACGUUGACACUGUCAUAUUUUGUAAACAUUACAUUUUCAACAAAAACUAUAAUUCUAAAUUAUUGUAUUUAUUAAAAUAAAUAUUAUCUAAAUCUUUAGUAAAUAACUAGUAUCAAAAAUGGAUCACGCAUACUAUGCUGACGCGAUGAACAGAUCGAACCGCCGCAUACGGCAGUGGUACCAGAACAACUUGAUGGGCGUCCUUGAAGAUCGCAAGGAGCAGCAGGCGAGGGAGGUGGAUGCAUCCAUCGCCCUUGCUACUGAGUUAUUAAGGCGUUACGAUGAACCUGUGGAGAAGCCUGUGAAAGUUCCACUUCGAGAACUUGCUCCCUCUAAAGACGACAGCCUUAUGAAACCAAUCGAACCAGAAGUCUUGCAUUUACUAUACGGGAGCACUGAAAAAGGCGCCGCGCACAGAUACCUUACAGCUAGGAACAAGAAAGCGCCUGAAGAUAAGUACUUCUUCCGCGUGACGACGAGUUGGGACUACGGAUGGCAACAGAAGCAGUCGCGCAUGCGCGCGCGCGACGUAAACCGCGGCCGCUGCGCCAUCCUGCGCGACACCUUCUAUCGCAAGAACAACCUCGCGCCCGACCCGCCGCACUACGCGCAGCCCGCCGGCGGACAAGUCUCCAUAUGCAGUGAAUACGCGUGCAAUGCUACCUAGCCCCGUCCCCCACGACAACGGCUAACUAGAGCCGAGGUCCGAGUCUCAGAGACGCCCUCUAGUUGAGCCGACCCCCUCAGCUUCGAGUGGUCUAGACGCUCCAGACGGAGGAGGAAAACUACACUCCCGGACACCUAAUUCGAACCACCUUGAUUUUUUUGGUUUGGAGUACUGUAACUUCUAAAAGAUGUAUGUAGAAGGAAAAUGUUUUUAUGCAGUUUUGGAGCUCAUCAUUCAUUUAGAGUGCCACUGUUCUAAAUUUGAAUUAUAGUUUAUUAAAAAAGUCGAGUUACGUUGAAACAAGUCUAUAUUUGCUUUUUUUCAAGGAAAAAAAAAUCUAAUCGAUUUUAAAAAUCGAUUUAAAAAUCAGAAAAUCGAUAAAGACAUGUUUUACAUGAAAAGAAAUGUUUAUUUAGUAACUUGUAUUGUGCCUCCCAGUGCAUUUAUGACAGCUCUCAUACGGUUUGGCAUAGAAUUAAUCAAUGUCGUUAUGACAUGUUGAGGAAUUUCCUCCCAUUCUUCCAAAAUUACAUUUUUGAGCUCCUGCAUGGUUUGCGGGGCAGGAUGAUGAGCUCGAACACGCCUCAUCAGCUCAUCCCAUAGAUGCUCUAUAGGAUUCAUAUCAGGCCUUCGCGCUGGUCAUCUCAUAACAGUGAUACCAAUUUCAUUUAGUACUCCCUGACGAUUCCCGCAGUAUGGGCCCUUAUCAUGCACUAAAACGAAAUCUUGGCCAAUAAAUCCAGCAUAUGGCAUUACGUGGUUCUCUAAACAUUGGCGAAUGUAUCUAUUGCCAUCUAGAGGCGGCAGUCGUUGUCCCAUCACUAACUCUAGCUCAGUUUUGCCUUCUAUAGAGAUUCCUCCCCAGACUGUCCAUGAUCCUGCACCAUAACUCACUUUCUCGUCAAUACAGCAUUGCGCGAAACGCUCGUUCUGUCUUCGGUACACCUUACUCCUUCCGUCAUUACCGUAAAGCAUUAUCUUGGACUCGAUCUGUGAAGAGAACCUGGCUCCAUUGAUGUCGAGUCCAAUUGAGAUGUUCGCGCGCAAACUCUAGACGGGCUAUUCGAUGUGCUCGUGUCAAUUUGGGUCCAUUGGCUGGCUUAUGGGGCUUUAAACCACGUUCAUUGAGUCGCCUUCUAACGGUCCGAGCACUUACAGCCACUCCGUGAAAGUCCCUGAGCUGUUCUUGUAUCUGAACAGAGUUAAGACAUCGAUUUCGUAAGCUAGUAGUGACAAUGUAUUGAUCUUGUCUCGUCGUUGUCACUCGGUAACGAGGUCCUCCUGUUCGCCGAACGAUGCCGCCAGUCUCCAGGUAUCGGUGGUACACUCUUUGAACUGCGGAACGACUUAUGUGAAGUUGUGAAAUCACAUCUCGCUGACUUAGCCCAGAUUGAAGAAGUGGUAGCACUUCACUACAAGCUGUAGAGCUUGCGCGGCUACUUCAGGUGAAGUAUCCAUAAUUUUAUAGGCAAAAACGGUUCAAAUUAUAGAAAAAUAACUAAACUAAACUUUGGUUUACAACAAUUGCGAAAAUUCAAACCAAAUAGACAUUAAAUUGCUUCAAAAACAACUUUCAACAGUCAUUUAUUUUUUUCAAAUCAGUGACCAAGCUCGGCUUUUGUUCUUUAUUUUAAAUUCAAAGGACAAUGGGCAAAACGCACCCAGCUCCGCCAACAAUGUAAUUAGUAUGAAUCGAUAGAUCUAUGAAAAACUAGCCUUUUUUAUUAUGACACCGUAAAAAAAUAUCCUGGGAGUCAAAAGAUAUACAUAUGGGCAUGUUCUAUAUUAGGGGUUAAGGUUUCCGCACAUAGACCUUAAAGAAAACCAUCAGUCGUGUGUAAGUCAUGGCGGCCGGUUGCACACAUGGGCAUUAUUAAAUAGCUAAAUAAAUUCAUUCAAAAUCAAUAGUACUUUCGUUACAUAAUAUUAGCCAUAAUAAUGUGAGUCAUAUCUUACUAUACAACCAGAUACAAAAUACUAUACAGCAAAGCCUACCGAACAUCCUGCUUGCUUACUGCUUGCACUUACCGAGACGCCUCAAAACGUUUAACAGGGUAAGGGUAUGGGGGUUGAAGGAUGUGAUAUUUGCAGUUGCCGUUCCAACUAGUCUACUCGUAUGCAGUUAUAUGUCUUACUUUUUGUGCGCUCCCUGUUACUUCAUUGAUAUUUAACUAACACGCUUUGGAAAUAGGAACACGAUUAUCAUCACGUACGUCAUUAUAAUCGUACGAGCCAAUAAAAAAAUCUAUGGAUCUAUUUAAAUGCAUUUCUGCAUAUAUGCAUUCAUUCAGCCAAUGUCAAGUAAAAGAAGGAUCUUUUACUUGACAUUGGCUGAAUGAAAUAACCGUGCUUGCGAUGCUUGCCAAAAAAAAUCUGUGGCUUUUGCGAGCAAAAAUAGAUUCGAGGCAUACGAGGUCUAAGCUCUAUUACUCCUAUAUAUUGAUAAAUGAAGACGAAAAUGGAAUAAAUGCAUUAAAACAUUAUUACUUAUUUUAUUCAUUAUGCUCAUGCUAAACGGGAAACUGCACUUUAGGCUGCUGUGCUCAUGUUAUGGUGGUCAUAUGGUUUUUAUGUCUGGCAAGACAUGACGAGGAUAUUCACAGACCGGCUCUCUUCUUAGACACUGUGGAUGAAGAUUAUUAAAAAUAUUUGAAAUGAAAUAAUGUUUCAUGAUUAAUUCCUUUUUUUACACUCACCGAUUAGCCUUGCCCCAAAGUAAGCACUGUAAGG